CCCCUAGGUCGACUCAGCCUCAAAACAGUAACUGCUGUGGUGUGUCAACAUCGCCACUCGGGGGACAAAGGCGACCGGGUGUGGUGAAUCCAAGUCCCGGGCGAAGCUGGGUAGUACAGCUAGUUAAUGAUAAAAAGCAAUUUAAAUCAUCUGCAUUUCGAAAUCUAAUUUUAAAAAAGCAUUUCUGCCAUGUUCAAGUUAAUUCUUGCAUGACCAAACACAUAUCCUACGACCGAGAGUAAACCUGGCAGCCUGGCGGAAGUCUGCCGACAGCAUGUAUUCGGAAGAUUGCAACUCAAAAUCUAAAUUGGGAGUUGAUUCAGUCCUCUGUGCCUCCGAGUUGAUAAUGCGGUACCACUUUGUGGUUUUCUCUCUGGGUCAACUGACCAGCCUUAGAAAUGUAGAAUUUUCAUCACUGUCUCAGGGAUGUUAGCACCGAGUGAAAAAAAAUAUUUGCAGUGAGAAAUGGAUUAUAGAUGAGUUUUUAAUUUUCUUUUUUCAGAUACCAUUUUUUAUGCCCGAUUUCAGAUUGUUGGGGAAUUUUCAUGAAAAUUAAAAUGUGAACACAUUUUAUAAUUUAACUGAAAAUUACGCCACGUCAAAAUGAUAUGCGACUGCACUUUUAGUGAGAAAAUCGUGUAAGUGACCACAAUUAAGUGCAGUUACUUCCUGUGAUGGCACUUUUCAGAUACUGUACAUCUGAAAUAAAGCAUUGAUUUAAUCAGAAAUGUAUCUAGGCUUUAUUUUCAAGUGAAAAUUGGGAGCGUAUUUAUCCUAAGAAGUAUGUAAAAUCUAAACGCGCCUACAAGUUGGUUCAUACAUUUUGAACUGCUAGUCAAAAAUGAUGUGCAGUUUCUCAGUUAUGUGUAUUUGAUGGGUGUGAUUCACAUGUUAGUGGACGAUCAUUUAAACAUCACGUAGAUCUCCGGUUUGAAAUAGCCCAUUAAUAUAAAUCACACCUGAUAUCUCACUCUAAAUACAAGGUGGUGCUGUGGCCUCGCGUUACGUUUGGUAUGGUGCGAGUCAACAAAAUGAAAGCAUACGAGGAAUUUCACAACAAAGUUACACCUCUCAACGCCAAAGCCCUAAUCGCUUUUUCCCGUAUUACUUUAAAGAUUUCUAAUGCUGUACCAGGUUUAAUAUUCGGGCACGCAUUUAAGCGCCGACAUUUAAGUAAUCAAGUUCAUUAUCGUGUAUCCACUUGCAGUGCAUUACCUUUACGUAUGGGGAACAAUCUGGUGACUCGGUACACAGGAUAUUGUUAUCAAUGUAUGUGGUAUGCAAGGGACACCAAAGCUGUAAUGCAUUUGCAGUGUUCUAAUCGCAAUAAACCUGAUGCAAUGUGUGCAUGCUGCGUGGGUUUGAUUUCAAAUAGACACAAGCACGACGUGUUUGACUGCAGUUUAUGCAAUGUUAAAGCACAUUUUAAGGCUUGUAAAAUGCAAUUAGACGUCACGAUGCAUAGAUUUAAAUUGAUGCGUCUCAUACAUGCCAUUGUUUCUCAAAUUGUAUUUUCCAAACAUGAAUGGAAUGUUGCUGUGGUUUUUUGAUGAAAUCGUGUCAUUACAUCAAUAGUAGCCACCUCAAGUUUGUGUGAACCGUCAACAACAUCCAAUGGUUAUGAAUUUAAGGAAAUGUUUGAAAAAGAGCUUUUUUACAGACGGCUGUCAAGUCGGACGCAAGACAGCAACACUGUGCACGUGCACGUUCACUUAACAAUCGGAGAAUACGAAGGGACGACUGGAAUACACGUGUGAUGAUGAUGAUUACUGACUAAUAGUGAUUCAGGUAAGCGAUGGUUUAAGCCAUACUCAUCAAUAAUGUGACUCACUGCCAGUACAAUCGAGUCAUUCUGCAUAACCGAAUCGCGCUUCUAACGAUUCAUGGGCAUCGACUAAUAAAAUCGAUUCGUUCUCGUCAUCGCGCGCGGGGGGAAUCGAUUAAGCAAACCGCAGACAAGGUUAUCGAUUCUACGUCCACCGUAAUAACAAAACAUGAAUCGAAUCUCAGAAACGACAGUUGUGGAAUCGAUUAGGAGUUUUUGGCGCGCUUCUCAAACACCGCUGUUUGUUCCGAUUUCGUUUGCGGCGGAACACACAACAACUUGAAGAAGACGCACCCCGGGCAAGUUUAUUACUCACGAACGUGAACGGCUGUUGCUAACAUCUCUCCAGGUCAGAAAUGGCCAUGCAAAUUCAACACGAAGUGAGUGAAGUUGAGGAGGAGUCUUUUGGGCCUCAACCUGCUUCAAGACUUGAGCAAUGUGGUGUGAGUGCCAACGAUGUGAAGAAACUGGAGGAGGCUGGCUUCCAUACUGUGGAGGCUGUGGCAUACGCCCCAAAGAAAGAACUGCUCAACAUAAAGGGCAUCAGUGAGGCGAAGGCUGACAAGAUAUUGGCAGAGGCAGCUAAACUCGUGCCAAUGGGCUUCACAACAGCCACAGAGUUUCACCAGCGACGCUCAGAGAUCAUUCAGAUCAGCACAGGAUCCAAAGAGCUGGAUAAACUUCUUCAAGGAGGAAUUGAAACUGGAUCUAUCACGGAACUGUUUGGAGAGUUUCGCACAGGAAAGACGCAGCUCUGCCACACCUUGGCCGUGACCUGUCAGCUUCCAAUUGACCGGGGUGGUGGAGAGGGAAAGGCCAUGUACGUGGACACAGAAGGCACAUUCCGUCCAGAACGCUUGCUCGCAGUCGCUGAAAGAUUUGGUCUCUCUGGGAGCGAUGUUCUGGACAACGUGGCUUACGCACGAGCGUACAACUCGGACCACCAGACUCAAUUGCUGUACCAGGCAUCUGCAAUGAUGGCCGAGUCUAGGUAUGCCCUGCUUAUAGUUGACAGCGCCACCGCCUUGUACCGCACUGACUACUCGGGCCGCGGGGAGCUGGCCGCUCGGCAGAUGCACUUGGCGCGCUUCCUCCGCAUGCUGCUGCGUCUUGCAGAUGAGUUUGGUGUGGCAGUAGUCAUUACCAAUCAAGUGGUGGCUCAGGUGGAUGGAGCUGCAAUGUUUACAGCUGAUCCCAAAAAGCCCAUCGGGGGAAACAUCAUGGCUCACUCGUCUACCACGAGGUUGUACUUCCGCAAGGGACGUGGAGAGACCCGAAUAUGCAAGAUAUAUGACUCUCCGUGCCUCCCAGAAUCAGAGGCAAUGUUUGCCAUCAAUGCAGAUGGAAUUGGGGACUCAAAGGAUUAGGUUAGGGGUAGCUCAUUUUCCUGGUCCAGCCAUGACAUUUUUCAGGCAUGUGCUUCACAUCCAUUAUAAUUUUUAAGAUAAGCACCCCCAUAAAAAUAAAAUGACUCGCAGAGCAUGAUACAAACUGGAUUUAAGCUUUUUUCAGGAAAACAUAAAAAUGCACCUUAUUAUUUGUAUUUUCAUUUUUUCUCAGAUUUGUUUUGUUUUUCAUUAUUUUCCUUAUGUCAAGGGUAAUGGCUUUUAAAGUUUUUUCCUGGCUACUGAACUUACUGGCUAAUUAUGCAUUACUCUUGUUUUUCACAAACGUUGAGUCUUUGUCUUGUGUACUGGCGUCAACUUACAUUGUUAUAAGGCAUAUGAUUAGCUUUUAAGUUAGAAGUAGAAACUAACCGUUACAAUAAACCACAAACAUGUUCAUUAUGCGUGGUUUUUGGCUGGUGGGAAUUACUCAUGGGUUCAAAUCCUCUACAGGGUUCACUUCUUCCACUGUCACCCCGUCCAUCACGCGUGUAAUGAUUCACCCCCAUCACUAAAUGAUGACAUAACUUUUUUUAUUGUUGUAGAUGUAUUGGCUGCAGGGGUCAUGUAGCCUUGAUGGCAAGAUGCUAACUACCUUGCCUGGAUUACAGGAGGCUGUGGGUAGUUUAGUAACUUGAAUCAAAAGUAAUAGAUUCUCACACACGCACAAAUAAAUGUAUGUAUUAUGAGCAAUGGGAAUCAAUGAUUUGAUGCAUCAUUACAUGCCUGCUUUCAGCGUCACAGAAGGGAGCGUAAAUUGUUGAUGGUCUAAAGUAGUUUUGUGGAUAAACUUAUCCCUGUUGUAGGUGUGUUGAAUUUUAACAUUGAAUUAUGACAAUCGGAUGACACACUUAUUAUACAAGGGAACAGAUUGAUUUUAAAGUAGCUAAGAAUAUCUACAUUUCUUAGCUAGGCAUGAAACACUGAUUUCCUAAAACGAGCUGAAGGAAAUGUAGCUCAUGAACCCUAAUUUCUCGACUAAUAUUCUGAGGUUGGCUUUAAAAGUCUAUUUUUGUGUUUAACGUGGAGCGAUGUACACUAUGAAAUGUAAAUAUUUUCUUCAAAUAAAGUAAUGUUAUUUUUUUUUACCACCAGUACAUUUGGUUUCCAUGUGAAGACCAGUUUUGUAUAAUUUGUGGAUUUGUGGUAUGUUGUGUAAUAAACGUGUGGCAAACAUU